CUGAACAUUUGAAAACCUUCAGAGAGAUGAAUGCAGCAGGGAAACUCACCAUCAUCUUUUGUCUGUUUCAAGCUGUUUUGUGUACAGAAUUCUCCGUUAGUCUACCAGAGAGUGUAGAAGCUCUGAGAGGAUUCUGUGUUCUCAUACCCUGCAGCUUUGAGAUUAAAGAACAAUAUGAUGCACAGCUCAAGGGAGAUCCUACAGGAGUCUGGUUAAAAAACAGCCCUGACCAUGAAAAAAAAACAGUCUUUAACUCUAAAAUCCCUGGACAGAACAAGAUUAAAGGUGAAAUUAUAGGAGACCUCCACAUGAAGAACUGCACCACCAUCUUCUACAACAUCAGUGAGAGUGACAGAGGAGUUUAUUACUUUAGAAUAGAAACUCCAGGAUCCCUGAAAUACACUUAUACUCCUACAUCAGUAUCUGUAAGAGUGCAAGACUCUCCAAUCAGCCCCUCAAUAAGACUGUAUAAGAAGGAUCAGGGGGAGGUGGAGGACCAAAAUGAGGUGGUGGAGGGAAUUUCAGUGAGGAUCAUCUGCUCUGCUCCAUCUCCUCCAUGUCUCUUAAACCCUCCCAAUUUUAUAUGGAACUUCCUGCCUGAGGAGAGAAGACAGAAGCAAAACCACAACACCAGCUUCAGCUCAUCUCACCUGAACUUCAACGCUACUCACCUGCAUCAUGGACAGGAUUUCACCUGCACUGCCAACUACUGGCUCCAGAACAAAACUAUAUCAUUACAGAACUCUCUUACACUCCAUGUUCUGUAUGGUCCUAGAAACACAUCAGUAUCAGCAUCUCCAUCUUCUUUAGUGGUUUUGGGCAGUUCAGUGUCUCUGAGUUGCAGCAGUGAUGCAAACCCAGUAGUGCUGAACUACACCUGGUACAGAGAGAACGGAGAGCAGAUAGGAACCGGAAACCAUUUCACCAUCAACACCACUGAUUCUACACACAGUGGUUUAUACUACUGUAGAGCUCAAAACCAGUACGGAGAUCACAACUCAUCUGUCUACCUGGAUGUACAGUAUGGUCCUCAGAUCGUUGCCUCCUCCAGCUGUAACAUCACUCAAGAUUUGAUUAUGUGUUCCUGUGAAGUUCAUGGAAAUCCAUCUCCUAAACUGGAAUGGCAUCUCUCUAGUCAAAUUACCUCAACAACCAGGGAUGAGUCUGUAAACAACACAACUUCAAGAAGCUUUAUCUCCAUCCAUCAAUCAUUAAUGAACAUGCUUACUGUGCAGUGUGUUGGCUCUAAUAAGCUGGGAAUUGACACACAGCUCUUCUACUUUAAGGAACUCACUCAUCACUCUUCUAAAGGUGUGGAUAUCUUCUCCAUGCUGAUCGGUGCUGCUGCUGGAGCUUCAGUAAUGAUGAUGCUGUGUGGUGUAUUCCUGUAUGUUAGGAAAGUAACUUCCUCCCAGUCUAGACAAGGAGACACAGCAGGGCUUGUUUUAAAUGACAGGAGUGCUCAACAGGUAAAAGAAGAAGAGUCCGUGUAUGCAAACAACCCGGUUUCAUCAGAGUUGCUUCAUUACUCCACUGUUAUGUUUCCAAGCAUUGCAGGAAGAGAUAUCAAAGGCGUGUCCUCUCUCACUGCUGACUAUGCUACUGUGCAUCAUGGCUACAAACAACAAAAUAAGGAAGGAAUUACAGAAUCUAAGACUAAAGACAGAGCUACGGAGCAGCCCGAACACUCAGAUGGAGCUGAAGUCCUUUAUGCACAAGUUAAAUCUUAUAAACAGACGGUCCAAUCAUCACCUCUCUCCAAGCUGUUUGGUGUAGAGAAUUCUCCAUCAGUCUACCAGAAAGUGUAGAAGCUCUGAGAGGACUCUGUGUU